AUGGUGAGGACACGCUCCUCUAACCCUUCAGUUGCUUCGGCUGCACCCGCCAAGCGUCCACGCCGCUCCAGCACGCCGGUGCUGGUCGACCCGGACAAUUUCUAUGGUGACCUCCCCACACCCCGUAGCGAGGCGCACUGGGACGGCGGGUCCGCCAACCGCAGCUUCCCCAUAGCCGAAGAUGAAUUCGGCACAUACGACGGCCACGACUUUGACGUUGACGACAGCAUGGUGGCCGACGACGAUGGCGACUUUGGGGGAGAGUUUGACGACGACAACGGCCUUGAUGACAACCACGACUUUGACGACGGAGAAGACUUCAACCUCAACAUCCAACUCCUCGGCCAGGGAUCGUUGGAUGAAGACCUCGCUACCGCUCGAAUGGUCCUCGACGACACCGGCAUUGAGCUCGAGCAGAAGGGCCCAUACCUCUAUAUUACCCUUCCCCUGGUUGAGCUGUCGCCUCUCGCCCGCGCUGCCUGCGGCCUCACUCGUCCUCAGCCUCUCCUCGUGCUUGUGGACAUUUCCCAGGGCUACCGCCGCACAUGCCCUCGUCCCGGUCUCACCGUUCGCCACGGUGACCUCAAGGAAGGAGGAAUCGAAACCUCGACCCAGCGUGCACACCCUGGCUUCCCCAUGGGUCUCUUGCUUUCGCAGGUGGCCACCAACUUCUUCAAGGACCGUUGGAAGGAAGGCCGUUUCGAAACAUUUCUGAGCGACUUUUGCCUCCUGCUCAACGACCGUCUGCAAAACGCAGGCAACACCUGCCUCAUGUGUGACAAGGAGCACCCCUUUCCCGGUGCCAAGCCCACGAUCUGUGACGCCCCUCUGUGCACCUUCCAGCUCGAGAACCUCGGCCUCGGCGCCGACCUGAGCCUCUUUGACGCCGACCACGCGGUAGCAGACUUUCUCCUCACCGCUGCUGUUGCAGCCUGUAACGACACUCUCAGGCAGAAGGCCUCCCCGCUUUCCAUGCCUAUCAAGCGCGUGGAUGACAAGCCCUACGUCCCCAAAGACGUCGCCGACAUCCUCGACAGGCUCCCGACGUCUGAGGCCCUUCAGGAUGCGGGUUCUGGCCGCAUAGAGCUCAUCAAUCAGCUCGAUUCCGAUGCGUCUUUCCUCGCUGGAUGGGUCUUUGCGACCAACCGUGCGCACAUCGUCUCUCUCCCUCCAGGUCAACUCACGUCGAUGCCGGCUCCCUACCGCUUCCAGAUCCACACCUCCACCCGCAAGCACGCUGAAAAGUUUGAGGCGCUGCGUGCAGCCCACGGCAGCUUUCUCGCGUUCCACGGCUCGAGUAUGAGUAACUGGCACAACAUUCUGCGUCAAAACCUCAAGAAUGCCAGCCACACGCCGAUGAUGUCUGCUGGUGCGGCAUACGGCGAAGGCAUUUACCUCGCCGACAACAGCGGUCUUUCGCGCACCUACACUCGUCCUACAUCUGGCUGGAAAAGCUCGAUGCUUGGUACAAUGCCGGUGUGCAUCGGCCUCGUCGAGGUCGCCAACUCAUCGCGUGUUCACAAACACGCUCACGGAAUCAUUGUCGUCAGCGACGAGAACGCAGUCAUGCUGCGCUACCUGUUUGUUUAUCCCGCCAUGGAAAAGGUUCCUGUCGUUAUUGCCAAGUCCCUCGAGACGCAAAGGUACCGCAACCAGACGACCAUUGCCUAUGGAUCGACGUACGAAGAGGUCUCCCAGUCGGGAAAGCUACUCGUGACCAGCGACGAAUACUUCUGGGACAUUGACGAGGUUGUUGCGAUGGUUCAAGGCAAACUUGGCCUGUUCAUCAACGGUUACACGCAACUUCCCUUUGCUCCUCGCGACAUCAAACUAAUUCUCGACCACCCCGACGCCAAGGUUCUCAGACAGCUGGAGGCGGCAAACGCUGCCAUGAAGACCAAGAUUCCCUCCAGCGUCUACACCCGGCUCAACUCGGUUGGCCGCCACUGUCGCGGGGACAACACCCCCGACUUUGCCACCAGCCACCAGCAGAUUGCCGACCUGCGCACCUGGAUCGAAGGACUCUCGUCCCCUGUUCAAGAGGCCCUCAAGCGCGUCCCCUUCCCUGCGGUGGACACGCACACGGGCCACCUCUUCCGCAACACGGUCAUGCACGCGAUCGAGCUCGUCAUCUCGGGCGGCGAGUGUAUCCACCGUUUUGGCGACUUUUUGACGCAGGUCAGGUAG